AUGUGGGGAUUUGGUGGUAGAUAUUAUUGGGGAAAAAAGGUGGCUUCUGAGAAAGCUGAUGGGAUAGUUGUGGUGUUCGCAUGGAUGUCAAGCGAGGAGAAGCACUUGAUGAAAUACGUGGACCUCUACUCCUCUGUCGGAUGGAAUUCACUCGUUUGCCAUUCUCAAUUUCUAAAUAUGUUCUUCCCUGAGAAAGCCACGAUUCUUGCUGUCGAUAUUCUUAAUGAACUUGUUGAGGUAAGUUUUACUGUUGACCUCUAUUUUGUAGGCGGUGCAAAAACUUGUAUGUACAAGAUUCUUCAGAUAAUAAGUGGCAGCUCUGAAGCUCAUAAUAUGGGUGACUACCAGCUUGUUAGAGAGUGUAUUUCUGGUUAUAUUUAUGAUUCCAGUCCAGUUGAUUUUACCAGUGAUUUGGGUGUUAGAUUUCUUCUACACCCAACUGUUUUAAAAGUUUCCCAUCCACCAAGAUUUGCUUCAUGGGUUGCAAAUGGCAUAGCAUCCGGUCUUGAUUCUCUUUUCCUCAGUAGAUUUGAAUCACAGCGUGCAGAAUAUUGGCGGACACUUUACUCCACCGUUAAUAUGCAGGUGCCGUAUCUCAUUUUAUGUUCAGAAAAUGAUGAUCUUGCUCCUUUUCAAGUCAUUUCAAAUUUUUUCCAAAGACUUAAAGACCUUGGUGGAGAUGUAAAACUGUUAAAAUGGAGUGCCUCUCCUCACAUUAGUGGCAGGAAGGACAACGGAAGAAUGGAAAAUUCCAAUCAUAAGGACGGAACAAUAGAUCAAGGGUCUGAUUUAAAUCUCCAAGGUUUGGAAGAGUACUGUAUGACAGUUAAUAUAAAGUGGAACUGCCAGGUUUUUGCACAAAACAGAGACCCUGCUUUCUCUUUGAUGUCAACUGGGAGGAAGAAUGAAAUAGAUCAAGUGGAGGAAGAGAAUAAGGAGCUCUUCCCUACUCAGACUUGGGGGCAGUCGUUAGGACCAGUAAUCUUUGUUAAUGCUAGUUCCAAGGUCAACAUGAUGACUACUCAUUAUGAGAAUACAUGCGAUCCUUUUGAUGUAAACCAUGCCUUCUGCAUCAAGCAAUUCGGUACCAGGGAUGAAAAUAUUGAACUUGAAUUUGUCACAGGUCAUUUUCGGCACCAUCCAAUUGAUUACAAGGCUGCUACCAUUGAAAUCCUUGGCAAGGCAGUUGCAACAUAUCGUUGCAAAAACAGUAGACAAGUUGAAGAUGAGAAACUGGGUAUAGAAGGAACAAAAGAUGAGAUCACAUAUCCGUUCUCAGAAUUGAAGAAAGAAGCAAUGACCUCAACUAGUUUCCAGGGUUUUGCUCUUGCUCCAAGUGAUAGUUUGUCUUCUAGUUCAGCGGAGUAUUACGUGGGCAAAGAUAUUGGUACCAUAGCAGAUGAACGCAAGGGAGGGUUUAUUCAUCUUCCAAGCCGUCCGAGCAUGAAUGCACAUGGGGUUCUUAGCCAAAUAUUGUUUGAUGUUUGUGUGCCCAAGAAUGUUGAGGAUUGGGAUGUCAGGUCAAAUUCCAAAAAUGCUUUAUCAGCAUGUACAAGGAAGCAUAUUCCAUUUAAUCCUAUAAAAUGCAUGCGGCGUUCAAGGUUGUAA